UCUUCUUCUUCAUAUUAGUCCGAUUCAAUCAUGGCUACAUCCAUUCUCGUGCAAUUGGCGAUGGUGGCACUCGCAGCAGUCAUCCUUCCUUGCCACUCCGCCGAUCCCGAUCCCCUCCAGGACUACUGCGUCGCCGAUCUCACCCUCAACCUCACCAUCAACGGCUAUCCAUGCAAGGACUACUACGCCGCCACCAUCGACGACUUCGUUUUCAGCCUCGCCACGCCCGCCAACACAAGCAACGCUUACGGAGCCGACAGCUUCCCAGGCAUCGUGCAAACGUUCCCGGGUCUCAACACCCUCGGCUUCGCAAUCCUACGCCUCGACUUCGCGGUGGGAGGCCUCAUUCCUCCACACACGCACCCCCUCGCGUCCGAGCUCGUCUACGUCGAGGAGGGGAGCUUGUACGCCGGCUUUGUGACCCAGGACAACAGGCUCUUCGCCAAAAUCCUCAACAAGGGCGAUGUUUUGGUGAUCCCCCGGGCGCUCAUUCACUGGCAGCUCAAUGUGGGCGACACUCCGGCCAAGGCCAUCGCCACCCUCAACUCGCAGCAGAACCCUGGAGCGCAGCUUAUCGCGAGUUCCAUGUUCGGAUCUGGGAUUAGAGACGACGUGCUGGCCAAAACUUUCUUCCUUGACGAGUCCAUUGUCCGCCAACUUAAGUCGCAGUUUUCUUAAGGCUACGACAUUUCAGAAAUAAAAGUUUUGUCUUGAAUUAUGAAAGUUU